AUGUCAUCUUUUCCUAACAUCACUUCCUCUUCUCUGAUCUUUUUCCUGACGGGAGUUCCAGGACUAGAAGCCGCCCAUGCCUGGAUUUCCAUCCCCUUCUGCUGUUGCUACAUAACUGCCCUCUCUGGGAAUGGUGUAAUCCUAUUUGUCAUCAUCACUGAGUCAAGUCUCCAUGAACCUAUGUACUAUUUCCUCACUAUGCUCUCAACCACUGACCUGGGCUUGUGUAUUUCAACACUAGUCACUAUGCUGGGCAUCUUCUGGUUCAAUGCAAGACAGAUCACUUUCUAUGCCUGUGUUGUCCAGACUUUCUUCAUCCAACUCUUUACUGUCAUGGAGUCUUCCGUGCUCCUAGCAAUGGCUUUUGACCGCUUUAUUGCCAUUUGUAACCCGCUGAGAUACAAUACCAUCUUGACUGAGUCCAGAAUCAUCAAAGUGUGGUUUGCCAUUCUUGUCAGAGGGACAGUGAUCCUAAUGCCUCUGGUUCUGCUUCUUAAAAAACUAUCCUUCUGCCAAAGCUAUGUACUCCAUCAUUCUUAUUGUUUCCACCCUGAUAUAAUACAGCUCUCAUGUUCUGACAAUAAGAUCAACAGUAUUUUAGGACUUUUUGCCCUCAUAGUCACUGCAGGAGUGGACUCCAUCUUUAUCCUUCUCUCCUAUAUCCUGAUUAUCAAGACCAUUUUAAGCAUUGCUGCCCCAGAAGAGCGGCACAAAGCCUUUAGCACUUGUAUCUCCCAUAUAGGUGCUGUUGCCAUCUUCUACAUCCCUCUUAUUAGCCUGUGCUUUGUCCAUAGGUUUGGGAAAAAGGCACCUCCUUAUGUACACACUCUUAUGGCCAAUGUGUAUUUGCUUAUUCCACCAGUGAUGAAUCCCAUUAUUUAUAGUGUGAAAACCAAGCAGAUCCGUAGAGCCAUUAAAAAAGUCCUCUUUCCCAGGGCUUCUGAGGUCUGA